AUGCAAUCGGCGUACGUGGAGACGGCCACCGGAGCCACCUAUGCCUUAGGCGGUCUAAUCUGUAUCUAUUUGUCCACAAAACUAAAGCCUCAACACAUGAUUUACGUUAACUUCGCGAUCAUAAACGUGGGCAGUAUUGUGUUGAUUGUGUUUUACAAAACCGAUAUCAGUAUGUUAUGGUUGGGCAACUCAUUGAUAGGGCUGGGCUUCUCGUCCACAUACGCCACGGCUAGUUUAUUCCUGUUGGCCGGGGGCGCCGGUACCGCAAUACUACCCCUAUUCCUGUCCGAUCUGUGCACUAACCCGUCGUCGAUAAUCAUCAUGAGUAAACAGAUUGAUAUGAUUAAGAAGAAACUCAUCGAUAAUCCGGCUAUACUUCUGGGAUAUCGGGAAAAGUCUUUGUCUGUACUAACCAUGUGA